CCGGGUGAAAUAUGCUUACCAAAUUAAUAAUCACUUUAGUAUUUCUAACCUUUGGUGUUAUAAGCGCGUUCGCGAUACCGUCUUCCCGCCUGGUGAACUCUUGCAAUUGUGUUUGCGGAGUUCAGGGCCGUUCGAAUCGUAUCGUAGGUGGCAAAGUUUCUGCACCACAUGCCCAGCCUUGGCUUGCCGGUCUAUGGCGUCAGGGAAAACUAUAUUGUGGAGCAACUUUGAUUUCGCGCAACUUCCUAGUAACAGCAGCUCAUUGUGUUUAUAGCUUUAGCCCGAAUGAGAUUCGUGUCUACCUUGGAGGACAUGAAAUUUCCAAGGAUUACACAGAAAUCCGUCGCAUCAAGGCCAUUCACGAUCAUGAGUAUUUUGAUGUUGUGUCAUUCAAUAAUGACAUUGCGCUAAUUGAAUUGGAUCGACCUGUACAGUUUGGACCAAAAGUGCAACCUGUCUGUUUGCCAAGUGCUGGCGAAGCUGAUUACUCAGGAGUUUUAGGACUUGUAGCUGGUUGGGGUAAAACCGGUGAAAAGGACAAAACCUCUCCAAUUUUGAGAUCCGUUUCGGUACCAGUUUGGUCUCAAGAACAGUGCAAAGAUGCCGGUUAUGGUAGCAAACGCAUAACUGACAAUAUGAUGUGUGCUGGUUAUCAUGAUGGAAAAAUUGAUGCUUGCCAAGGUGACAGUGGUGGCCCCAUGUUGAGAGAAGCAGCAGCUGGCAGUACUGAAAUUAUUGGUGUCGUUUCAUGGGGUCGUGGCUGUGCUAGACCAAACUUCCCUGGUAUCUAUACAAAAUUAUCAAACUACGUUCCAUGGAUGCAACGUAAAUUGUCUGAUGAAUGUUUGUGCACACCAAAGAAUUCACAAAAUAAUUAUAUUGAUUAUUUAAUGCAACAGUGGUUGUGAGGUUCUUUCCAGUUUGUUAUACAAUUUAG